GUACACUUUGAAAAAUACCUCUCUUAUCUGAAAUCUGUAUAAAAAGAUACAGAUAUCAAUUGAGAUAAAAAAAUCGUUUACGAAUAUAAACUUUCCUACACCUAGAAUAGUGUUUAUUUACGCAGAUAUUACUAUAUUGUGACUAGCAUUGUACAAUCAAGGUAACGUGUAAGAUCUUUUGUAUACUGUUCUCACGCAUAUAUAAUAAAAGUAUUAAUCCUCGAUAGUACACAACAUUUCUUUCACUGAAUUUGAAACAAAAAUAUAAGAGGUGUUAUUGAUUAACAACAACAUGAUAUUGGGAUGUUUCUUAAUAUUUCUGUUUGGUGAUACAUCAGGGACAGAACGAAUUGAUCCCUUAGUCGAUACCAACAUCGGUCUUAUCCGCGGUUUACGAGCAAACAAUGGCAACUAUUCAAUGUUUCUUGGUAUACCAUAUGCUACUGUAGACCCAGCAAAUCCAUUUGGGGUAGCAAUACCGACUCCUCGAUUCAUAGAUAUAUUUGAAGCUUAUGACGACUCGGCUAUAUGUCCCCAACGUGAAGAAUUUAACAAUACAAUAGUAGGAUCAUUGGAUUGUUUACAUCUUAACAUUUAUGUGCCCGACUCAGCGAGCUCUAGAAAUCGUCUGCCCAUUCUAGUUUGGUUUUAUGGCGGUGGUUUCAAUAGAGGUUUUGCCGGAAAAUAUAUUUAUGGUCCAAAAUAUUUAGUUAGACAUGAUAUUAUAUUAGUGACAAUUAACUAUCGGUUAGGACCCUAUGGUUUUACAUGUCUUGACACACCUGAAGUACCGGGAAAUCAAGGUCUUAAAGAUCAGCUUCUAGCAUUGAAAUGGAUAAAUAAUAAUAUUGACGCAUUUGGUGGUGAUUCAAAUAAAAUAACUUUAUUUGGCGAAAGUGCUGGUGGAGCAUCAGUUGAUUACCAUUUGUUAUAUGGUCGAGAAAAACUAUUUAAUAAUGUUAUCUUACAAAGCGGUACCAGUUUCUGCCCUUGGGCAUUAUCACGACCGAAUAUGGAUAGUUUAUUAAAAUUAAGUGCCCACCUUGGUUUCGAAACUGACAUUACAAAUGAAGCAUUACAAUUUUUAGCAAAUGUUGACACAAACUUAGUUAUCUCCACAAUGAUAGAAUUAGAUUUAACAGAUACAUAUAAAGUUUGCGUAGAAAACGACUAUGACAAUACAGAUAAUUUCAUUAGCCAAGAUCCCAUACAUGUGACAACUGAUAAUGUUAAAAAUAUCCCUAUACUUAUAGGCUAUAAUAAUGAUGAAAUGCUUUAUCAGUAUGGAAUUAAAGAGCCUAAUUUUUUCAAGAAUGCGAAUCUGUUUAAAGAACUGCUAGAAACUGGAUUUCAUUUUGAAAGUGUCUAUCUUAAAGAAAUGGAAGAAAUUGUCCGUCACUUUUAUUUAGGCGAUGAAGUAAUGAGUGAAAAACUCCAGGAUAAUAUAACACACUUUGCUUCUGAUUUCCGAUUUAUUCAUCCUUCUGAAAGAACUAUCCAAAAAUAUAUUAACAAUGGAGCCACAAAAGUGUUUCUCUAUUUGUUUUCGUAUAAUGGACAAAGAAAUUAUGCUAAGAAAAUAUUUAACAUUAGCACAGGAAACGCAGCACAUUCAGAUGAGAUAGGUUAUUUAUUUGAUGUAUCUUUAUUUGAACAGGAACCUACAUCUGAAGAUCAAUUGGUUAUUGAUCGAAUCACAACACUUUGGACCAAUUUUGCAAAGUAUGGAGAUCCAACUCCCGAGCUGACGGAUUUAAUACCUGUAAAAUGGCCAGCUAUCACCGCAGAUACGAGACCUUACUUAAACAUAGAUAAAGUUAUUAGUAUUGAACACAGGCACUUCAACAACAGAAUGGCGUUUUGGGAUCUUUUCUACAAAUUUAAUAAGAAUUUUCAAAUAGAUUACAGUAACAAUGAGAACGUUUAAACGCACGGUUAUAUUAGUUUUUAUGUUCAUAUUUCAUAAUAUAAAAUCCUGUCUAAGCGGAUGCUUGUUAUAAAACAAACCUAUAUUCUAUAGCUUUGUAGAUUCAAUAGUCUUGACAAUCUAUUGAUAGUAAGUCAAGACAAAUGAUUUUAUAACUUCAUAUUACAAGGUAUUGAUUAUGUAACAUAAUUGACUUAUGAUAUUUAAUUAAAAAAUUAGCAAUAAGUUUGCA